AUGUUUCCUGUCCAAUCAGAGCAGCACCUUCAAAUUUCGGAGCAGUCGUCGUCCGAGUCUGCACCCCUUCACCCCGAGCUAAACGACGACCCACUAGGCUGCUGGGCUGCUGGCAUGGCGGAGGCGAUCUCUAGCGAGGACCUGCCCAUGCAGCCCGACUCUACCAACCAGACACGCAACUCACUGCAGGACUCGGCGCACACGCAACUCUCCCCAGUUCCGAGCCCCGAAAAGCUCGCACCUCCACCAUCCGAGGGCCAGCCGGUGCCACCUCCGCUGUCUCAGCGAAACACGCUGCUAGUGCGCCGCAAGACCACGCCGGUGUUGGCCAAAGUCAAGGACUCUCGCACGGUGGGCGCUGAAGCGGCUCCACCAAUUAGGGCCAGGAGUGCCCUGGCAAAUCAGUACUUGCAGAAUAUUGGACAUCUGCGUAGCGCGGAAGGGGACCAUACCUUUCAGCUGGCCAAGGAUCCCAUGGGCAUCGAGACCACCAUGGAGCAAACCGACAACGGCAAUAAAGAAGAAUUUGAGGAGCUCACCCUAAAAUUGCCCGACGCCGAACAAAGCAUGACGUCGCAGGCGGAUCAGCAGCAGGAAGCGGACGCGAAGCCCAACGACUUCGCAACCCUUCCUGUUUGCGGCCGUAUCGCGUUUUGGAGGGAGCGAGAGACUGAUGCAUUUUGCAAAAGCCGGGUUGCGGACUCCAAGGUGUGCAAGCAGGAUCGUUCGCCGAUUUCUGCCAGUGUGAUGCGGCCUGAUCCACAGCAAUAA